AUGGGGCUCUCCAGCUCCGUAUGCCCAGAGUGGAAGGAGGAGCAUUGGCCCCAGGCCUUCGCCACUUCACCAUGGAUGGGGCCACUGUCAACGGUGUCCUUCAGGGCGCUUUGGGCCGCCAUCUUCACGGCACAUGCGGUUUGGAACUUCUGGACCCGGGGCAGGAGCGAUGGAGCAUAUCACUUUGUAUUCUUGACCGUGCAGGCGAGCUGGAUCGAAGCCCUUAGCCUCGUCUUGCAGUGGGUGGUAGCAAUGAUGGGCUUCCAGUACGUGCAGGGGCACGUGGGCCACGAGGUGGCGCCACCCGAGCCGAGCCUCGUCCGCAUCUCCGUCGCAUUGAACUCCUUGUCGGUGCCCUUGUCGCUGACGGUUGCCGUGCUCUUCUGGGUCCUCAUCUACCACGGCGGCGAGGUCGUCUACAUCGACAUCUUCCUUCAUGGGAUCAACGCGCUCCUGCUUGUCCUGAACCUUCUCAUGACUCGUGUCCCCUUCUCUUGCGCACGUGCCGGCUGGCUUUUUCUUUACCAGCUCAUCUAUGUGGGAUGGACUUACGUCCACUUUGCCUUGCACAUUGGCAUGAUUGGGGGCUGUUGGGAGUGCCCUGAGGAUGCGAUGGUUUCGCAGUGUCAUCGGGUGUAUCCCGAUGACGAAUGUCCGAUCUACUCGGUCUUUGAUUGGCAUCACCCAGUACUAGCGGCACAGCUAGGGUUUGGGCUAGCUUCCGCUUUGAUUAUCUUCGUCCAAGCGCUGUUCGUUGGACUGGUCGCCGCCCGGGAUGCCUGUGACAAGAAGCUGGACCUCACAGCUGCCGAGUCCACAAGAGAGAUGCCCGAGUUCUUGCCGCUCGAGUACUUCUCCUCGCAAAAUCCUCAAAGCUGUGUGUGCUGGAAGUGUGUAUGA